GGUAAUCGUCGGGAGAGGGAUUCUAAAGAGAGUUAUCAUGGAAGGGCGUCGCCUAGGCAACCGAAGUCAACGUCGUCGGGUUCUGUAUCAUUCGGUGCGCUCCCAGCUUUUAGAGGAAAUGGCGCGAAAGCGUACCGAACGGCCGUAACAUCCACUACGACGGCUGCCACAGAAAAUAUAGAUGAAGAGGCUUCAACCACCUACACAGAAAAUGUAGAGUUUACAAAUGCAUCAUCUUGGCUUACAUCAACGCCCCGCGCAAUUCAUUUCAACGCAUCACAGAAGCCGAAAAUCAAGCGCCCUCUUGUGGUGUGCGUGGUCCGCGCUCAGCUUCGCCAACCAAUGUCACUCCCGAGCGGUAUUUGCAAGUUCAUGAUAUUCGCGGACGUCCGAGUGCCGAGAGAGUCCGAGGAGUUUGUGGCCGUCUCCAACCAACCAACAACACGGCCAGAUUCACGUCGAUAUCCUGUCCAAUGGCUUCUUGCAGAAGCUGCGUUCAGCGUCUUUCUAAAGAUGGCUGCCGUUGCCUCGUCCACCGAUUAUCUACUCUCCCUGGACGCCGACGGAGAUUUCUAUGACAGCCUCGAUGUGCGAAAACAUGCAGUGGCCAUCAUAGGCCGCUAUCUGACGAAGAACAUUCGUCGCUAUGGCUUUGCUCGACACCGGAUGGCCAGUUCGGCCAAUGACAGCAGCAAGUUGUGGAAGCACCACAGGAUGCUUUUCGGACAAGCAACCAGCAUCGUGAACGCCUUCAAGCGCUAUCACAAGGUACAGGUGCCUUUGCCCCUGUCACUGUCCUUUGGCGUCUUACAAUAUGACGUCAAGAGAGACCACAGCAACGAAAGUCCGCGUCCAAGCGGACUUAACUGUUCCACCACGACCCUCCAGCCAUUCACUACGGUGUGUGGUACCAAGUCAACCUUUAAGAGCGGUGGGAACGGAGAGAGCAUGCUGUGCCAUUACUAGGACGACCCAGUGCACGGUAGAUGGCGCACUUUCAUGACAUCAACAGGCAUCGUCAAUGAAACAGAUUUGGUACGGCAUGUGCUUGACCCCUCAGUCGCUGCUGUCGUCGGCUGGGCUUUUUACGGCCUUGAACUCGAGGAUUCCAGCGGUGACUGCGCUCCAUACUGGGGUGGAACGAAGGAGCAGACCCAGACGUUCGCCUAUUUUGGACUAAAGACUGCUGCGAAAGAAAUACUAGCGCUGAAAGCAACAACUAUAUCUAAUGCCAAUGCCACAGGAAGCAACGUGGAAAGCUCCCAGCCAUUACUCGUCACGGAAGUUACAAGCAGUACAUUCAAGAGAAUACGACACAAUCGUGACGCCCAAGCAUCUUUAAAUGCCAAAAUACAAUACCAAUAACGA